GUUUAUAGAUGGAGGUGAAGGAACAACAAACAGCACAGCCAAGCAAGCGGUGGUGAGCAGUGCAGUGCAGAGUAGGUGUUUGCCCUUCAAUGAACGUCGUUAGGCCCACACAGCCUUAGCAGUCAGUCACAAGUCAUAUUGGAAUAGAGAAAGACAGACGUUUAAGGAAAAUUCAUUCAUUUAAAAAAAAACUAAAUGAAGAAGAAAGCAAAGUUACAACUUUUGGGUUGCUUUUUUGGGUGGUUUGGAAAUUAAAAAAAAAAGUUUUCCAAAAAUUCAAUUUGAAUAUUGUGUUUAUGUUGAAAACUGCAAUUGGUAUGGAAAAAUCUUAAAUAGUUGUAACUAAAAAAAAAAAAUAAGAAGAAGCAGAAACACCAUAACCAACCACCCUUAACCGAAAAUCAGUGAGAAAGGCCACAAUAGAACCCACACCCACCCCCUCCCCCACCAAUAUAAAGAAAUUCUCGGCAACAGCAAAAGCCUAACAUUUCCUCCUUCCCAUCUAUCGUAUUUUGCUCCAUUGUCCUAUGCAUCUAUGAGCCCAAGAAAAAAAUUCAUCUGAAUGAUUAUCGUGUUGUUGCUGUUCUUCAAAUCAAUCUGCCUUUAUUGUCAACGCCUGGUACUACACAUACAUGACCGAUGGAUAAAUCCGAAAAACGUACGUCUACUCAAAGAAGCCGCUGAAGCCAAAGGUGCCAAAUUUCUCAUAGACGACUAUAGGCAAACGAAAAAAUCGAAAAAAAGGCGCUACACCACAGGCACGGCUACUACCUCGCCAGCAGCCACCAGCACCUCGCCAGCAUCGUCUUCGGCCUCAUCCCUGCUCAGCUCGUUGGGCAACAGGGCCGAGUCCUGCCGUUUUUGUGCCAACACACCUCAAGGCUAUUGCCGCCAUCAUUUCCAUUUGCAGGAAUUGCAAGUGCACAAACAACAACAGCAAUCGAGUAAUUGGUGUCCCUUGGGUGGGGGAUUUUUGAGUCGUAAUGUGGAAUACAAGCAGUUGCGUAAAAUUAAACGGGAACUAAAGCGCACCUUGCAGCAACGUAGCCUGGCAGCGGAACAACAUAAAAACACCAACGGCAGCUAUCAAACACCUCAAACUCAACCUCAACCACCACCGCCGCCUCCGCCUUUAUAUGAAGCAAUAAAUGGUGUGCAUUCUCCCGCCUCUAGCAAUACUUCGUCUUAUUAUCAGGAUUCGGGUUAUCAGACAAUUGAGUCAUUGACAAACACCAGCAGUAGUUUGUCCCAACUUGACGACAGGCCAUUGGAGAAUUCACAAGAAUUUCUGGAUUUACCCUCACCUCACAGCCCCUCUGUGGUAGAGACUACAUAUAGCUUUGGAACCUGCUGUGAAACGCCACGUUCGCCAUCACCUGUAUUGGUCAGAGUUACAUCAGAGCAAAGUUUUGUCUCUUGCGAAACGAUCAGCAACGCUGACACAUCAGCUCCAUUGUCGACAUCGUAUUUAUAGGAUAUACGUGUCAGCUGACAGCUGAAAUCUGGGCCAACAAAAAUUUCAAAGCACUGGCAAAACGAGGACAUUAAGGCCAACACACUGUUAACAGUAGACCAUACUCGUUGCUGGCAACGAAUGGGGUAGAAAGUGUUCUAAUUGACACUUACAAGCACAGAAGGACUUUUGAAAUCCUUUUCACAUAAAAACAAAAAAGGAAGCUAUACAUAAACACACACACACACAUCUACGCAAAACAAUUGAUCUAUCUCAAUUGAAAUGUAGGAAGAAACAAUUAUGCAAAGAACUUGUAAAUCAUAGACAUCAUCAAACCACUCUCAAAGUACAUACUACUACUCAUCAGGACCACAAUACAAAGUAUUCAUCUAUCCAUCCAUUUAUCUCAA